AUGCGAAGUACGAGGACGUAUGGUGGGUAUGCAGACUACGUCCGUGUUGACAGCAACUUCGCCUUCAAAAUUCCGGAUAACAUCCCAUCGGCGUCUGCGGCGCCGCUACUGUGUGCUGAUGUGGCAGUGUACACGCCGCUAAAGCGCCAUGUCAAGCCUGGCGAUCGUGUGGGCGUCAUAGGCAUCAGUGGACUGGGCCAUCUAGCCAUCCAAUUUAUCCGUGCGCUAGGUGCUAUUCCUGUGGCUUUCUCGCGCUCGGAGAGCAAGGAGAAGGAGAUCCGUGCUCUCGGUGCUGAAGAGUUCUACAAUUUGAGCGACCCGGACCACCAGAAGAAGUCCGAAAACUCUGUCAACGUCGUACUGCUGACAGCUGAUGCCACCAACAUGCCGUACAACACGUACCUGACGCUCGUGAAGAAACGGGGCACGUUUAUUAUGGUGGGCGUCCCUAACGACGAGGUGAAGUUCAAACCAAUGUACGUGGUGGGUGGGUAG